AUGGCGCAAAAUGAAGCAAAAACUUGGGUUGGGAGCAGCCUCUCUCAAAUUUGCAGUAACAAAGAAGUUUGGAGUUUCAAUGUUUGUCCUGUAACCGUUUCGAAGAAUCAUGCCGUACUAUUUAGACUUCCAGUGACCUUAAAAGAUGCUCCGGAGCCGUACAAAAACUCAGAACCUCAGUAUUGGGACAAUGACCAUGUUAGGAUGCCUUAUUCAGAGAAAAGUUUGUUUCCAGUUGAAGAAGGCGGCGCCGAAGUUAUUAAGUUACGUUGGAAUUUAAUUGAAGAAUCUCUUCUUCGACCUAUACAUAGUAGUCUAGAACUAGAAGCCGCCAUUCGCACAUACAAUUCAUCUCUACCUGAAUUUACAGCACUUCACAGUUACUUUGAACAGUUAGAAGAAGAAGAAAGUCAAGCAUUUUUCAAAGAGCUAUUGCCAAAAAUGAUAUCAUUAGCAUUAAAUUUACCACAAAUAUUACCAGGAAACUUACCCUUGUUGACACAAAAUCACAGUAGAUCUGUAAGUUUGUCCCAGUUACAAAUUGCUUCACUACUAGCAAAUGCUUUCUUUUGCACAUUUCCCUGGAGAAAGUCUACCGCAAAUACAUACCCAGGUGUUAAUUUCAUCACAUUAUUCAGAGCUGAUAGACGACCAAAGAGACUAUUUUGCAUUUAUGAAAAGUUUAAGUGUAUGUUUAAUUAUUUCCGAAUGGUAACUUCCUCAGUGCCAGUGGGGGUUGUGACGUUUGAAAGGAAGUAUGUUCCUAAAACUGAAAUACCCAGGUGGGAUUCCCUGGACAACAAUAUAGGCCAUAUAAAAGUCCACAUUGACAGUUCAGGUACUAUUGAAGAUAAUGGGUUAGGGUUUCUGCAGGUUGAUUUUGCCAAUAAGAAUGUAGGAGGAGGAGUUUUGGGAUAUGGCUGUGUUCAAGAAGAAAUCCGGUUUGUCAUUUGUCCAGAACUGAUUAUUUCAAGACUUUUUGUUGAACAACUAACUGAUCUUGAAGCUGUUGUGAUAACAGGUGUUCAAAGAUACAGCAACUAUUCAGGGUAUGGAGACAGCUUCACGUGGGAAGAGCCAUAUAAAGACCAAACACCCUAUGACGAAUAUGGAAGAAGAAGAACCAGUGUUUGUAUUAUAGAUGCUACCAAAUACAACAAAGUCUCCCAACAGUUUUAUCCUUCAGCGAUGCUAAGGGAAGUCAAUAAAGCAUAUGUAGGCUUUAGUUCCAAAGAUAAAACCAACUUGGCCCCAGUUGCAACUGGCAAUUGGGGAUGUGGUGCUUUUAAUGGUAGCUUGUAUGUUAAGAGUCUACUACAGUUGAUGGCCUGUAGUGCUGCAGGAAGGCAUUUAGUUUAUUACACAUUUGGAAACACUGAAUUUAGAGAUGAAUUUUACAAAAUGUACACAUUUUUAGCAACCAAUGAUGUAAAAAUUGAACAAUUGUGGAAGUUAAUAUGUGGUUUUGUUCUUGCGAAAAAAUCUGAAGAAUAUUUCUACUCAUACAUCCAACAGGCUUAUUUUGAUAGUAGAAGACAAACUUCAAUUAAAAAUUUUUUCAAACCAGAAGAUCCUGGACCAUCCACUUCAGCAAUUAAACCAAAAAAGAUCUCUUUUACCAAAGUUAAUCGCCAAAAUGAUAAAGAUUUGGAUCUUAUGCUAAGUAAUGCUGACAUCUUUGACAAAUUUUUCUCUGACAGCCCCCCAGAAGACGAAUCCAUAACAAAAAAGAAAAAGGUUACUAAUGGUUCAAAACUACCUCAACAGAAUGAUAAUAUUGGAGAUUUAAUAGAUGGUAUCGAUACCAGUAAUUUUUAUAAACAAAAUUCAAGAUUACCUAAACAGAAAUAUGUACAGGACAAUAUUGGGGAUCUUAUAGACAAUAUGGACAAUAGUCGGACCCGUAAAUACAAAGAACAACAAGAUAAUAAUUCAGAUUCUUUACUUAAUUUCGUAGAUACACUUCAUCGGAAAAAAACACAAAGCGAACCAAACAGGAUCGAGGAGAUGGAAAUAGAUACUGUUGAAGAUACUUCAGAGGUAGUUAUGGAAGCGAAAGUGAGAAAGAAAAUAACGGAAUAUUUUCAGAAGGUUCCAUAG